AUGUCUUCUGGUAAUACCAUAAAUCCUUACCCCAUAUCAGCCAAUGGGCAUAAGGAGGUACCUACUCAGACUCCGAGAACUAAUAACAAGGAGCAUACUCAACAAUCUUCAAAAAAUCAAAAUUCUCACACCUCUUCUGUAAAAAAGAAAGGUGUGAAAGAUUUUGAAUUCGGUAAAACACUUGGUGAGGGUUCAUACUCUACGGUUGUCGCUGCCAGGGACCGUUCAAACAAUCGUGAAUACGCAGCAAAGAUUCUUGAUAAGAAGCACAUAAUCAAAGAGAAAAAAGUCAAAUAUGUCAACAUUGAAAAGAAUACGCUUAAUAAAAUGAAUCACCCCGGAAUUUUAUUUGCGAUGUCCUUAACUUUUUAUUCAUUAGAUUUCAUAUUAGACCAGGCAAAAAAUGGUGAACUCCUAACCUUCAUCAAGAAGCUCGGUUCUUUUGACAUUAAUUGCACUCAGUUUUAUGCUGCUCAGAUUAUUUCAGCAAUAGAGUACAUGCAUUCACAGGGUGUAAUUCAUAGAGACCUCAAACCUGAAAAUAUAUUAUUAGAUGACAAAAUGCACAUCAAAGUCACUGAUUUUGGUACAGCAAAAAUAUUGGAACAAAAUGCGGAUGGUGAGAAAGAUGAUAGGGCCAACUCGUUUGUCGGUACCGCAGAAUAUGUUAGUCCUGAGUUAUUAAAAGAAAAGGCAGCGUGUAAAAGUUCGGAUUUUUGGGCACUUGGUUGUAUUAUAUACCAAUUGAUAGCAGGACGUCCACCAUUUAAGGGAACCAAUGAAUAUAUGACUUUUCAAAGAAUUGUUAAUUUAGAAUAUUCGUUCCCCGAAGGAUUCCCUCCGGUCGCACGAGAUUUAGUUCAGAAAUUAUUGGUGUUAAAUCCGUCAGAACGACUUGGUUCCGGCGGUCAAGCUGGAAUUGAUCAACUAAAAGCUCAUCCUUUCUUCAAUAACAUAGAUUGGGAUGCACUAUGGCAACUUCCUGCACCGCGUUUACUUCCUUAUCUUCCACCAAAUCCACAACAUAAUGAUCCAGAGCUUCGAACAACCACAAAUACAUAUUUACGCAAACUCUCUGGUCGUAGUGGGGAAACUUGCAAUAGUCCCAUUGCUACCGGUCUUAAACAAAAUGAUCCAUUCAGAUUAGAAAGUUGGGCGGGAGGAGAUGACACAUCAGAUAAAGUAGAUCCCGAAAAGGUUAAGAAGUUGGAAGAACAAAAGCGGUCAUCUUCACAAUGGUAA